AUGCAAGGCACCGGUACACAGGUUGGCGAUGUCGCAGAGAUGACUGCAGUUGCCAACGUCUUUGGAGAUGCCGGCCGGACUAUCCCAUUCUCUGUGGGUACAAUCAAGGCUAAUAUUGGACACGCGGAAGCGGGAUCGCUGUACGGGGGCAAGGGUAGCGACCUCUGCGAAACAUCCCCCGUCUUCCGGGACAGCGUUGAUCUUUAUGUCCGCCUCGCCAGAUCAAUGGGCUUCCCACCCUUCCUGGACUUGAUACUCGACCACAGCUUGAAGCCAUCGACCAAGACAACGACCCAGGCACAGCUGGCCACAGUGACUGUCCAGGUCGCGCUGGCUGCAUUCUGGGCCGCGUGUGGCAUCAAGCCGGCGAUGGUCAUGGGGCAUAGUCUGGGCGAAUACUACGCGCUCUACGUCGCAGGCGUGCUGUCCCUUUCCGACAUUCUUUUUCUCGUCGGACAGCGCGCCGCGCUCAUCAUCCCCGUUGCAUCAACUCUCCGGGGUUCACUCAGCCUGCCGGGAGACGCUGCUCGGCCCUGGGUUCCAAGAGACACCGUCUCCGCUCAGUUGCUUCCGGACUAUGAUUCCAACCAAGCAGCUUUUGGAGGAUUCUUUGAAAGCGGGACUUACCUAGCACAGGGAUCCGCGCAGGCCAUUGAAGACGCCAUCUCUUCGUCCGUCAUGCUGAAGAAGGGCACCCAAGCCUACGAGGUACCCGCCAGGUUACAAUGGUACGAAGAAUGCCGAAAGGCCUGA